AUGUCGAAGAAAAGCAUUACACUGGGAAAUUUUGUCGGUUUGACAGGUGCAAUGGUUCGACUUGUGGUUAAGGAUCAACAGAAAUUGCGGAAUAUCCUUGGGAGUGGUAUGUCAAACAAGAUGUGGGAAGCUCUCUUAGAACAUGCAAAGACAUGUGUUCUAAGUGGGAAGCUUUAUGUUUAUUAUCCAGAGGAUACAAGAAAUGUUGGUGUUAUUUUUAACCACGUCUAUGAGCUGCGUGGCCUUAUAACAGGAGAGCAAUUCUUCUCUGCUGAUUCUCUCAAUGAUAAUCAGAAGGUUUACGUAGAUUCAUUGGUGAAAAAGGCAUAUGACAAUUGGGAGCAGGUUAUAGAGUACGAUGGUAAAUCACUUAUAGAUGCCGAGCAAAACAACAAUUCUGCUGUACCUGAAAAUGAACUUCAUGUUGAGGCAAUUGAUUUUGAUGGUGGUUUAGACCAUCAACUGCAAAUGCCAUCCCUCCCCAUGUCUGUUACUUCUGAACACCAGAUUAAUUCAGGGAUGCCAGUUGGAGGUUAUAUCAAUAAUAUGGUGACAAGGUAUCCAAGCCAGGCAUUGAUUGGAAAUUCCAGCUCUCGGAGUCAGUUCGAAGGCUCAUUAUAUCUGUCUAAUGAUCAAUUAAUAAGCAAUGAUCACCAAUCUCUAAGCUCUAGAAAUGAUCAUAGCACCGUUGGGUUGGCUCUUGGUCCUCCUCAAUCGACAUCAGGUUUCCAUGCUGGUAGCUCUUCUAUUCAACCAUCUGCACCAAAUCCUUUUGAUGAUUGGUCACACAACAGGGACAAGGGCGUUGAUGACUUCUUUUCGGAAGAUGAAAUCCGUGUUAGAAGUAAUGAGAUACUAGAGAAUGAAGACAUGCAGCACUUGCUCCGCCUUUUCAGCAUGGGUGGUCAUGCUUCCAUGAAUACCGAGGAUGGUUAUUCCUUCCCAUCAUUCAUGCCAUCUCCUAUGCCGAACUUCGAUGAGGACCGCUCUCGUCCUGGUAGAGCUGUUGUGGGAUGGCUGAAGAUCAAGGCAGCAAUGAGGUGGGGUUUCUUUAUCAGAAAGAUAGCAGCUGAGAAGCGGGCUCAGAUAGAGGAGUUAGACGAGUAGGGUUGUUUGGACAAAUGAUAGUAGGUUUAAUCAAAAGCCUUAAGAUUUUUCUGAUGUUCUGCAAAUUUAGUUGUCUUCUUCAGCACCAUCCAAAUUGUGCAGUCCAUGGUAUCAUAUUCUUCAUUCAUGCCCUUGUAUCUGAUUUUGAACGAACUUCCUGUACAGUAUGUUCAAGCUUAGGAAAAACCGCGAUUGUCAUAUGUUUUUGACUUUCUUGUUAAUACUCUUAUUCAUCACCUUUUCAUUUAUUCUGGAUUAAGGGAUGAUAUGUUUGCCAAACACCUAUCAGAUUUGAGAUGAUAACUCAGGUCUCUUAUAAUGUAUAUUAAUUGUGAGUUUCA